AUGAGGACAGGUAACUUUAUAACCGCUUAUGCUAACCCAGUGCUAACCUCCUCCUCCUCCACAGGUGCGCGGCGUGCUAACCCAGUGCUAACCUCCUCCUCCUCCACAGGUGCGCGGCGUGCUAACCCAGUGCUAACCUCCUCCACAGGUGCGCGGCGUGCUAACCCAGUGCUAACCUCCUCCUCCACAGGUGCGCGGCGUGCUAACCCAGUGCUGACCUCCUCCUCCACAGGUGCGCGGCGUGCUAACCCAGUGCUGACCUCCUCCUCCACAGGUGCGCGGCGUGCUAACCCAGUGCUAACCUCCUCCACAGGUGCGCGGCGUGCUAACCCAGUGCUAACCUCCUCCUCCUCCACAGGUGCGCGGCGUGCUAACCCAGUGCUAACCUCCUCCUCCUCCACAGGUGCGCGGCGUGCUAACCCAGUGCUAACCUCCUCCUCCUCCACAGGUGCGCGGCGUGCUAACCCAGUGCUAACCUCCUCCUCCUCCACAGGUGCGCGGCGUGCUAACCCAGUGCUAACCUCCUCCUCCACAGGUGCGCGGCGUGCUAACCCAGUGCUAACCUCCUCCUCCUCCACAGGUGCGCGGCGUGCUAACCCAGUGCUAACCUCCUCCUCCUCCACAGGUGCGCGGCGUGCUAACCCAGUGCUAACCUCCUCCUCCACAGGUGCGCGGCGUGCUAACCCAGUGCUAACCUCCUCCUCCUCCACAGGUGCGCGGCGUGCUAACCCAGUGCUAACCUCCUCCUCCUCCACAGGUGCGCGGCGUGCUAACCCAGUGCUAACCUCCUCCUCCUCCACAGGUGCGCGGCGUGCUAACCCAGUGCUAACCUCCUCCUCCUCCACAGGUGCGCGGCGUGCUAACCCAGUGCUAACCUCCUCCUCCUCCACAGGUGCGCGGCGUGCUAACCCAGUGCUAACCUCCUCCUCCUCCACAGGUGCGCGGCGUGCUAACCCAGUGCUAACCUCCUCCUCCUCCACAGGUGCGCGGCGUGCUAACCCAGUGCUAACCUCCUCCUCCACAGGUGCGCGGCGUGCUAACCCAGUGCUAACCUCCUCCUCCUCCACAGGUGCGCGGCGUGCUAACCCAGUGCUAACCUCCUCCUCCACAGGUGCGCGGCGUGCUAACCCAGUGCUAACCUCCUCCUCCUCCACAGGUGCGCGGCGUGCUAACCCAGUGCUAACCUCCUCCUCCUCCACAGGUGCGCGGCGUGCUAACCCAGUGCUAACCUCCUCCUCCUCCACAGGUGCGCGGCGUGCUAACCCAGUGCUAACCUCCUCCUCCACAGGUGCGCGGCGUGCUAACCCAGUGCUAACCUCCUCCUCCUCCACAGGUGCGCGGCGUGCUAACCCAGUGCUAACCUCCUCCUCCUCCACAGGUGCGCGGCGUGCUAACCCAGUGCUAACCUCCUCCACAGGUGCGCGGCGUGCUAACCCAGUGCUAACCUCCUCCUCCUCCUCCACAGGUGCGCGGCGUGCUAACCCAGUGCUAACCUCCUCCUCCUCCACAGGUGCGCGGCGUGCUAACCCAGUGCUAACCUCCUCCUCCACAGGUGCGCGGCGUGCUAACCCAGUGCUAACCUCCUCCUCCUCCACAGGUGCGCGGCGUGCUAACCCAGUGCUAACCUCCUCCUCCUCCACAGGUGCGCGGCGUGCUAACCCAGUGCUAACCUCCUCCUCCUCCACAGGUGCGCGGCGUGCUAACCCAGUGCUAACCUCCUCCUCCUCCACAGGUGCGCGGCGUGCUAACCCAGUGCUAACCUCCUCCUCCUCCACAGGUGCGCGGCGUGCUAACCCAGUGCUAACCUCCUCCUCCUCCACAGGUGCGCGGCGUGCUAACCCAGUGCUAACCUCCUCCUCCUCCACAGGUGCGCGGCGUGCUAACCCAGUGCUAACCUCCUCCUCCACAGGUGCGCGGCGUGCUAACCCAGUGCUAACCUCCUCCUCCUCCACAGGUGCGCGGCGUGCUAACCCAGUGCUAACCUCCUCCUCCUCCACAGGUGCGCGGCGUGCUAACCCAGUGCUAACCUCCUCCUCCACAGGUGCGCGGCGUGCUAACCCAGUGCUAACCUCCUCCUCCUCCACAGGUGCGCGGCGUGCUAACCCAGUGCUAACCUCCUCCUCCUCCACAGGUGCGCGGCGUGCUAACCCAGUGCUAACCUCCUCCUCCUCCACAGGUGCGCGGCGUGCUAACCCAGUGCUAACCUCCUCCUCCUCCACAGGUGCGCGGCGUGCUAACCCAGUGCUAACCUCCUCCUCCUCCACAGGUGCGCGGCGUGCUAACCCAGUGCUAACCUCCUCCUCCACAGGUGCGCGGCGUGCUAACCCAGUGCUAACCUCCUCCUCCUCCACAGGUGCGCGGCGUGCUAACCCAGUGCUAACCUCCUCCUCCACAGGUGCGCGGCGUGCUAACCCAGUGCUAACCUCCUCCUCCUCCACAGGUGCGCGGCGUGCUAACCCAGUGCUAACCUCCUCCUCCUCCACAGGUGCGCGGCGUGCUAACCCAGUGCUAACCUCCUCCUCCUCCACAGGUGCGCGGCGUGCUAACCCAGUGCUAACCUCCUCCUCCUCCACAGGUGCGCGGCGUGCUAACCCAGUGCUAACCUCCUCCUCCUCCACAGGUGCGCGGCGUGCUAACCCAGUGCUAACCUCCUCCUCCACAGGUGCGCGGCGUGCUAACCCAGUGCUAACCUCCUCCUCCUCCACAGGUGCGCGGCGUGCUAACCCAGUGCUAACCUCCUCCUCCACAGGUGCGCGGCGUGCUAACCCAGUGCUAACCUCCUCCUCCUCCACAGGUGCGCGGCGUGCUAACCCAGUGCUAACCUCCUCCUCCUCCACAGGUGCGCGGCGUGCUAACCCAGUGCUAACCUCCUCCUCCUCCACAGGUGCGCGGCGUGCUAACCCAGUGCUAACCUCCUCCUCCUCCACAGGUGCGCGGCGUGCUAACCCAGUGCUAACCUCCUCCUCCUCCACAGGUGCGCGGCGUGCUAACCCAGUGCUAACCUCCUCCUCCUCCACAGGUGCGCGGCGUGCUAACCCAGUGCUAACCUCCUCCUCCUCCACAGGUGCGCGGCGUGCUAACCCAGUGCUAACCUCCUCCUCCUCCACAGGUGCGCGGCGUGCUAACCCAGUGCUAACCUCCUCCUCCUCCACAGGUGCGCGGCGUGCUAACCCAGUGCUAACCUCCUCCUCCACAGGUGCGCGGCGUGCUAACCCAGUGCUAACCUCCUCCUCCUCCACAGGUGCGCGGCGUGCUAACCCAGUGCUAACCUCCUCCUCCUCCACAGGUGCGCGGCGUGCUAACCCAGUGCUAACCUCCUCCUCCUCCACAGGUGCGCGGCGUGCUAACCCAGUGCUAACCUCCUCCUCCACAGGUGCGCGGCGUGCUAACCCAGUGCUAACCUCCUCCUCCUCCACAGGUGCGCGGCGUGCUAACCCAGUGCUAACCUCCUCCUCCUCCACAGGUGCGCGGCGUGCUAACCCAGUGCUAACCUCCUCCUCCACAGGUGCGCGGCGUGCUAACCCAGUGCUAACCUCCUCCUCCACAGGUGCGCGGCGUGCUAACCCAGUGCUAACCUCCUCCACAGGUGCGCGGCGUGCUAACCCAGUGCUAACCUCCUCCACAGGUGCGCGGCGUGCUAACCCAGUGCUAACCUCCUCCUCCUCCACAGGUGCGCGGCGUGCUAACCCAGUGCUAACCUCCUCCACAGGUGCGCGGCGUGCUAACCCAGUGCUAACCUCCUCCACAGGUGCGCGGCGUGCUAACCCAGUGCUAACCUCCUCCACAGGUGCGCGGCGUGCUAACCCAGUGCUAACCUCCUCCUCCUCCACAGGUGCGCGGCGUGCUAACCCAGUGCUAACCUCCUCCUCCUCCACAGGUGCGCGGCGUGCUAACCCAGUGCUAACCUCCUCCUCCUCCACAGGUGCGCGGCGUGCUAACCCAGUGCUAACCUCCUCCACAGGUGCGCGGCGUGCUAACCCAGUGCUAACCUCCUCCACAGGUGCGCGGCGUGCUAACCCAGUGCUAACCUCCUCCUCCUCCACAGGUGCGCGGCGUGCUAACCCAGUGCUAACCUCCUCCUCCUCCACAGGUGCGCGGCGUGCUAACCCAGUGCUAACCUCCUCCUCCUCCACAGGUGCGCGGCGUGCUAACCCAGUGCUAACCUCCUCCUCCUCCACAGGUGCGCGGCGUGCUAACCCAGUGCUAACCUCCUCCUCCACAGGUGCGCGGCGUGCUAACCCAGUGCUAACCUCCUCCUCCUCCACAGGUGCGCGGCGUGCUAACCCAGUGCUAACCUCCUCCUCCUCCACAGGUGCGCGGCGUGCUAACCCAGUGCUAACCUCCUCCUCCUCCACAGGUGCGCGGCGUGCUAACCCAGUGCUAACCUCCUCCUCCUCCACAGGUGCGCGGCGUGCUAACCCAGUGCUAACCUCCUCCUCCACAGGUGCGCGGCGUGCUAACCCAGUGCUAACCUCCUCCUCCUCCACAGGUGCGCGGCGUGCUAACCCAGUGCUAACCUCCUCCUCCACAGGUGCGCGGCGUGCUAACCCAGUGCUAACCUCCUCCUCCUCCACAGGUGCGCGGCGUGCUAACCCAGUGCUAACCUCCUCCACAGGUGCGCGGCGUGCUAACCCAGUGCUAACCUCCUCCUCCUCCACAGGUGCGCGGCGUGCUAACCCAGUGCUAACCUCCUCCUCCACAGGUGCGCGGCGUGCUAACCCAGUGCUAACCUCCUCCUCCUCCACAGGUGCGCGGCGUGCUAACCCAGUGCUAACCUCCUCCUCCUCCACAGGUGCGCGGCGUGCUAACCCAGUGCUAACCUCCUCCUCCUCCACAGGUGCGCGGCGUGCUAACCCAGUGCUAACCUCCUCCUCCUCCACAGGUGCGCGGCGUGCUAACCCAGUGCUAACCUCCUCCUCCUCCACAGGUGCGCGGCGUGCUAACCCAGUGCUAACCUCCUCCUCCUCCACAGGUGCGCGGCGUGCUAACCCAGUGCUAACCUCCUCCUCCACAGGUGCGCGGCGUGCUAACCCAGUGCUAACCUCCUCCACAGGUGCGCGGCGUGCUAACCCAGUGCUAACCUCCUCCUCCACAGGUGCGCGGCGUGCUAACCCAGUGCUAACCUCCUCCUCCUCCACAGGUGCGCGGCGUGCUAACCCAGUGCUAACCUCCUCCUCCACAGGUGCGCGGCGUGCUAACCCAGUGCUAACCUCCUCCUCCUCCACAGGUGCGCGGCGUGCUAACCCAGUGCUAACCUCCUCCUCCACAGGUGCGCGGCGUGCUAACCCAGUGCUAACCUCCUCCUCCUCCACAGGUGCGCGGCGUGCUAACCCAGUGCUAACCUCCUCCUCCUCCACAGGUGCGCGGCGUGCUAACCCAGUGCUAACCUCCUCCUCCUCCACAGGUGCGCGGCGUGCUAACCCAGUGCUAACCUCCUCCUCCUCCACAGGUGCGCGGCGUGCUAACCCAGUGCUAACCUCCUCCUCCUCCACAGGUGCGCGGCGUGCUAACCCAGUGCUAACCUCCUCCUCCUCCACAGGUGCGCGGCGUGCUAACCCAGUGCUAACCUCCUCCUCCUCCACAGGUGCGCGGCGUGCUAACCCAGUGCUGACCUCCUCCUCCUCCACAGGUGCGCGGCGUGCUAACCCAGUGCUAACCUCCUCCUCCUCCACAGGUGCGCGGCGUGCUAACCCAGUGCUAACCUCCUCCUCCACAGGUGCGCGGCGUGCUAACCCAGUGCUAACCUCCUCCUCCUCCACAGGUGCGCGGCGUGCUAACCCAGUGCUAACCUCCUCCUCCACAGGUGCGCGGCGUGCUAACCCAGUGCUGACCUCCUCCUCCACAGGUGCGCGGCGUGCUAACCCAGUGCUGACCUCCUCCUCCACAGGUGCGCGGCGUGCUAACCCAGUGCUAACCUCCUCCUCCUCCACAGGUGCGCGGCGUGCUAACCCAGUGCUAACCUCCUCCUCCUCCACAGGUGCGCGGCGUGCUAACCCAGUGCUAACCUCCUCCUCCUCCACAGGUGCGCGGCGUGCUAACCCAGUGCUAACCUCCUCCUCCUCCACAGGUGCGCGGCGUGCUAACCCAGUGCUAACCUCCUCCUCCUCCACAGGUGCGCGGCGUGCUAACCCAGUGCUAACCUCCUCCUCCUCCACAGGUGCGCGGCGUGCUAACCCAGUGCUAACCUCCUCCUCCUCCACAGGUGCGCGGCGUGCUAACCCAGUGCUAACCUCCUCCUCCUCCACAGGUGCGCGGCGUGCUAACCCAGUGCUAACCUCCUCCUCCUCCACAGGUGCGCGGCGUGCUAACCCAGUGCUAACCUCCUCCUCCUCCACAGGUGCGCGGCGUGCUAACCCAGUGCUGACCUCCUCCUCCUCCACAGGUGCGCGGCGUGCUAACCCAGUGCGCGGCGUGGGGCCUCUCUCCCGCAGAGGCUUCUACCUGGCGUUCCAGGACAUCGGCGCCUGCAUCGCGCUCACCUCGGUGCGGGUCUACUACAAACGCUGCGUGGGCGUGAGCCGGAACCUGGCCGUGUUCACCGACGUGGUGACGGGCGCAGACUCGUCCUCUCUGGUGGAGGUCAGAGGUCAGUGUGUGGACCAUGCGGAGCAGAGGGACUCUCCAAAGAUGUACUGCAGCGCGGAGGGAGAGUGGCUGGUUCCCAUCGGCCGCUGCGUCUGCUCCGCCGGCUUCGAGGAGCACCGCGACUCCUGCGUCGGUGAGUCCACUUAG